UCUCCGCUCUCUGAGAGCGGCGUCUCAUUAAUAUUAAUGAACACGCCCCCUUCGUCGACGCACGCUACUCGGUAUAUCACCGCCCUCGUUUCCUAGGAAACCAAGAGAAACAUCAACGAAGUACUGUGGGAAAGUCGACCGGACAGAGAUCGAAUGAGAACUCAGUUCACAGCGUCAUUUUUGUUGAUUAUUAUUUUUUAAAAUUAUUAUAAUUAAUGACAAGUGUCAGCACAAUAUAACUAAAACGGGAGCAAUUGUGUUUAUGUCAUCAAGUAAAACAGUAGACCGUUUUUGCUGAGGGGUUUAAUAAAUGGCAGAAUCAGAGCACAACACGCUUAAAAAGACCAAGGAGGAUGCGGAAGAUCACCCUGAUCACCCUAGUCCAGCACAAGAGGCAGAUGAAAGUCCACCCGAAGACGAAGAGAAAGAAAAAGAGAAUGAGAGAGAGGAGCCCCCAUCAGAGCCGGCUGAGAGCGGGGGGGCUUCAGAAAAAACUGGGGAAGCUCAGGAGACAGAUGAAAGUGGGGAGAAGCAAACAAGCCUGCCAACUAGUGAAGCCUUUGGAGAGGGGGAGAGCGACGAACCCCAACCAGUCAUAGGGGAGCCUCUGUCCCGUCAAGACAGCCCUGUUCGAGACCUGGAACAAGGCCCUCCAAAGUUAGAACCAGGGACGCCAGAGAGACCAGGGAGCCUCAUAAUAACCGAGGAAAGCAUAGAUGAAGAAGAGGAAGAAGGCCAAACUAUAAACCGGGAAGAAAUUCUGGCAAAAUACAAAGCGCUGAUGGAAGAGAAGGAGCAACUCAAUCAACUGAACGGCCAGAUUCAGAACAAGUUAGCAGAGUACUUCCGCAGGAAGGCAGGGGACGAUGCCCGGCAUGAGAAGGAGAAGCCAGUGUCCGACCAGGAGCAGCGCUACCUCAAAUACAUGGCCACCAUGGAGGAGCUGAAGUGGCAGUAUGCCCAGGACUCAGAGGCCUACCAGCUGCAGAUAGAUGAUCUGAAGAGUCACUGUCAGGGCAAGCUGAGCCUGGUUGACAGUGAGGGGAAAACCUUCAUGGCAAAGAAGAAGGACAUAGCGGUGGCAGCCAUGAGGCGCAGGUUGGGGAAGCAGGCUGCCCUGAACGAGGUGGAGCAGAUCUUAGCCAGCGAGCAGCGCAAGGAGUGCGAUCUGAUCCAGGUGCGCCUUGCGAACAUCAAGCUGAAAAAUAAGAUCCGCAAGUUCGAGGCCAUGCUGAAAGAGAAGGAGGAACUCGCAGAGGGGCUGCACCUCAUCGACUUCGAGCAGCUGAAGAUUGAAAACCAGACCUACAAUGAGAAGAUCGAGGAGCGCAACGAGGAGCUGCUGAAGCUCCGCAAGAAGAUCACCAGCACAGUGCAGGUCCUCACCCACGUCAAGGAGAAGCUCCAGUUCGUGCAGGUGGAGAACCAGGACAAGAAGGCACAGCUCAUGGACGUGGAGGCCAUGGUCGCCCACAAGAGGGAUAUCCUCACUAAGACCAAGCAGGCCCGGGAUGGCCUACGCAUGGACAACCUAAAACUGCGUCAGAAGUGCGGGCUGCUGGGUAAUGAGGCCUUGCUCCAGGACUUUGAGGAUAAAGUGGACGCCUCCGAGGCUCUCAGCCAGAGGCUGGAAAUGCUGAAGCGUCGCCAUGCCGAGCUGACACUGAAAUGCAGUGGCAUCAAGAAAAAAAUCGAUCAAGCCAAACCUUCCCACUAGUAUAUCUAUAUAAGUAGUAUAAGACACAGACACAGAGCUUUCUAGCAAAGUUCCAUAAAAGCUGGCACCUUGGUACGUGACAUUGCACAAUGUUUUACCAACCCUUUAAACAGUAUGCUUUUUAUUUUUACUAACCCUUUAAACAGAAUGUUUUUUACUAACCCUUUAAACAGAAUGGUUUUGUUUGUUUGUUUGUGUAAAUCAUCUUCUAAUUGUUAUUAAACCUGUGAGCUUAACAUGUAAAAUGAGUGUGUAUUUGUGUGGGAUAUACUAUUGGUAAUAUACCAUUAAACAGUAGGCCUAAUCUAGCUGUGUUACUAACCUCCAACAAGUCACUGGACACAGGCGGCCCAGUUUUCCAAUGUGAACAAUCUGUUGUCAUACAUUUACAAUGGAGUGCUCAAUUUGCCUCCCAAUUUGCCCACAGUGCAGACAAUAGGCCACGGUGUCAACCCCUUGUCCUAAUGCUUGUUGGAGUGGAUUGUAUAAUUUUGGAUUCUUUCAGAUUAACGGAAUAGUUUGUAUGAUCUUAAUGUUUCUAAUAUUUAAUUUAUUUAAGAUAUAGUAUUGUACUCUUUUU